GACUCAGAAUUUGACCCCUUGAAGUUCACCAGUGUCAUUGAAUGUGAGAAGCCAAACAACGACUUAAGUAGGUUUCGAGGUUGCAUUAUACAUAAAAAUGGGAAAAAGGAUGGACUGUUCAAAGAAAAUCUUCUGUUACGUGGAUGUACCAUUAGAAAUACAGAAGAGGUUGCAGGAAUAGUAAUCUAUGCAGGGCAUGAGACCAAAGCUUUGUUGAAUAAUAAUGGACCACGUUACAAACGCAGUAAGCUGGAAAGACAGAUGAAUGCAGAUGUCCUUUGGUGUGUCCUCAUACUUGUAACCAUGUGUCUGUUUUCUGCCAUUGGUCAUGGUCUAUGGGUAUGGCAAUAUGGUGAGAAGAAGAAACCAAUUUUUGAUGUUCCAGGGCCUGAUGGAAAAUAUUUGUCACCUGUUUUAGCUUCAGUAUAUUUAUUUCUGACGGUGAUCAUAGUUUUCCAGGUUCUGAUUCCAAUUUCUUUGUAUGUGUCCAUUGAAAUAGUUAAGAUCUGCCAAGUGUAUUUUAUUCAUCAAGAUAAAGAUUUAUACGAUGAAGAAACAGACUCUCAGCUGCAGUGCCGAGCUUUAAACAUCACUGAAGACUUAGGUCAGGUGCAGUUUAUCUUCUCAGACAAGACUGGGACCCUCACUGAAAACAAGAUGGUUUUCCGAAGAUGCACAGUCUCUGGAAUAGAAUAUUCCCAUGAUGAUAAUGCCAAACGCUUAGCGAUGUACCAAGAACCUGACUCUGAGGAAGAUGAGGCAGCCCCAAAAGGAGGAACUCUGUCCCAGCGUGAUAGUAUCUGCAGCCAUCAGAGCAUCAAAGUGAUGCACAGAAGCCAGAGCACCAAGACCCACCGGCGCACAGGGAGCAGAGCUGAAGCAAAAAGAGCAAGUAUCCUCUCCAAACACACUGCCUUCAGCAGCCCAAUGGAGAAGGACAUCACACCUGACCCACGAUUGUUAGAGAAGGUGAAUGAGUGUGCAAAGCAUCUGGAGGUCAUGAGAAGCCAUGAACAACCAUUAGCCCAUCUGAGUCCAGAACUAUGUGACAUCUUUGACUUCUUCAUAGCUUUGACUAUAUGUAAUACAGUUGUGGUUACUGCACCAAAUCAGCCCCGACAGAAGGUUAGAGACCGAUUUGAACUGAAAUCUCCAGUAAAAACCAUAGAAGGAUUCAUCCGCAGAUUCACUCCAAGUCGCUUGACCUCUGGAUCCAACAGCAGCAGUUCAUCUAGUCUAGCUACAAGCAAAUCAAUGCACAGAUUUGGGUUCAGUGUGCUUUCAUCUACAUCUACUGAGAGCACUUUAUUAAAACUGGAAGAGAAGUUGGCAUACUCUGCACAGACCAACAACAACGGUUACAGCUCCCAGCCAGGCAAGACAGCGGUGGGGAGUGCACCCGAGGAAGGAGAGCUCCGUUACGAGGCAGAGAGUCCAGAUGAAGCUGCUCUUGUCUAUGCAGCAAGGGCAUAUAACUGUUCUCUGGUUGGAAGGCUGUCUGACCAGGUAUCAGUGGAGCUACCUCACCUGGGAACAUUAAGCUUUGAAGUGUUACACACGUUGGGCUUUGAUUCCGUCAGGAAGAGGAUGUCAGUAGUGGUCAGACAUCCUCUGACAGAUGAAAUAAAUGUUUACACUAAAGGAGCAGAUUCAGUUAUUAUGGAUCUUCUUCUACCCUGCUCUUCAGAUGACCCUCGGGGCAAACAUCAAAAAAAAAUCCGAAGCAAAACCCAGAAUUACCUUAAUCUGUAUGCUGUAGAUGGGCUAAGGACCCUCUGUAUUGCAAAAAGAGUUCUCAGCAAGGAGGAGUAUGCCUGUUGGUUAAAAACUCAUUUAGAAGCAGAAUCCUCUAUUGAAAAUCGUGAAGAACUUCUGUUUCAGUCAGCACUGCGGAUAGAGAAGAAUCUGCAUCUGCUAGGUGCAACUGGCAUUGAAGACCGUUUACAGGACGGUGUUCCAGAAACCAUCGCAAACCUGCGCAAGGCUGGGCUGCAGAUUUGGGUUCUUACUGGAGACAAGCAAGAAACAGCUGUUAAUAUUGCCUAUGCCUGCAAGCUACUAGAGCACGACGAGGAAAUCAUCACUUUGAAUGCUGAAUCACCAGAGACAUGUGCUGUCUUGCUGGAACAGUGUCUGCAAUGCGUAGAGUCUAAAUUUUCAAACAACGCAAUAGACGAAGCUACUGGAAACAUGACUGUUGGGUUCACAUCCACUCUCUAUCCAUCCUCUUCCUGUGUGCUUUCCAGCUUGGGCCUAGUGAUUGAUGGAAGGACUUUAGCUUAUGCCCUGGAACCUACACUAGAAGAUAAAUUUCUUGCACUAGCCAAGCGAUGCCGUUCGGUACUGUGUUGUCGCUCUACCCCACUCCAGAAGAGCAUGGUGGUGAAACUAGUCAGAGACAAACUCAAAGCAAUGACCUUGGCAAUAGGUGAUGGUGCUAAUGAUGUCAGCAUGAUCCAAGUGGCAGAUGUUGGCGUGGGGAUCUCUGGGCAGGAAGGCAUGCAGGUAAUGUUGCCAUUGAUUGGAAAGCACUCCCAUGGAAGG